UGAGCCGUUUCACUGACUACAAGGACCAAGCAUCUUAAGAGCUGCGGGGCGGUGCCCUCUCACCUUCGCUAAUUUCCGUACAGGCCUUGGCCUUAACAGGUGUUGGUGCCUGCCGUGGACGCAUUUCGACCCCGGCCGUAUCUCUCUCUGGAGACUUUGUGCCUAUGGUUGGGGACAGAGUGAGGUCGUUGCCUUGACGACGACAGCAUGCGGCCCGCGGUUCUCCUCAGUGUAAGCUUGCGGCGGGUUGAGGCCAAUCUGCCUACCUGCCUGCUUCACCUGGGACCCGUGACUGCGUCCGCAGAAGAAAUAAAGACAGCUGUGGAAUUGCUAGUUUGCUAGCCAGCAUCUUUUAGACCUGCGAAGAAGAUGCUCUUCACCUCAAUUUUGUCUCCAAGUUGAAAACCUUUGGGACUUUCCACGCGGAAAGAUUUAAAACAAACAAGAGAAAAAUUCCUGGUGGUUUUGAAUUAAAAUGGAAAAAUAUGAGAACCUAGGAUUGGUUGGAGAAGGGAGCUAUGGAAUGGUGAUGAAGUGUAGGAAUAAAGAUAGUGGAAGAAUUGUGGCCAUCAAGAAGUUCUUAGAAAGUGACGAUGAUAAAAUGGUUAAAAAAAUUGCCAUGCGAGAAAUCAAGUUACUAAAGCAACUAAGGCAUGAAAAUCUGGUGAAUUUGUUGGAAGUGUGUAAGAAAAAAAAGCGAUGGUACCUAGUCUUUGAAUUUGUUGACCAUACGGUUCUUGAUGACCUGGAGCUCUCUCCAAAUGGACUAGACUACCAACUAGUUCAAAAGUAUUUGUUUCAGGUUAUCAGUGGGAUUGGAUUUUGUCACAGUCACAAUAUUAUACACAGAGAUAUUAAGCCAGAGAACAUAUUAGUCUCCCAGUCUGGCGUUGUCAAGCUAUGUGAUUUUGGAUUUGCACGGACACUGGCAGCUCCUGGGGAGGUGUAUACUGAUUACGUGGCAACGCGAUGGUAUAGAGCUCCAGAGCUGUUGGUUGGUGAUGUCAAGUAUGGCAAGGCUGUUGAUGUGUGGGCCAUCGGCUGUCUGGUAACUGAAAUGCUCAUGGGGGAGCCCCUCUUUCCUGGAGAUUCUGAUAUUGAUCAGUUAUAUCAUAUUAUGGUGUGUUUAGGGAAUCUAAUUCCAAGACAUCAGGAGCUGUUUUAUAAAAAUCCUGUGUUUGCUGGAGUCAGGUUGCCUGAAAUCAAAGAAACUGUACCUCUGGAAAGACGCUAUCCCAAACUCUCUGAAGUUGUGAUUGAUUUAGCAAAGAAAUGCUUACAUAUUGACCCAGACAAAAGGCCCUUCUGUGCUGAGCUCCUGCACCAUGAUUUCUUCCAUAUGGAUGGAUUUGCUGAGAGGUUUCCUCAGGAACUGCAGUUAAAAGUACAGAAAGAUGCCAGAAACAUUUCUUUAUCUAAAAAAUCUCAAAUCAGAAAGAAGGAAAAGGAAAAGGAUGAGUCCUUGGGUGAAGAGAGAAAAACACUUGUGGUACAGAAUACCAAUGCUGAUCCCCAAACUAAGGAUUCUAAAGUAUUUAAAAUAAAAGGAUCAAAAACAGAUGGAGAAAAAGUGGAAAAAGCGAGUCGAGCUUCAAAUGCCAGCUGUCUCAAUGACAAUGGGAUGAGCCCCGUCAAAAUAGUGCCUUCAACAAGCCUCCGAGAUUGCACCAAUGGCAGCGUGGACCAAACAAGAAAUCCAGGCAUGACAAUUCCCCCACUCACACACAAUCUUUCUGCAACAGCUCCCACUAUUACUUCUGGAAUGGGAACUAUCUCAGGAAUUCAGAGUUACAGAGUGGAUGAGAAAACCAAGAAGUAUUGUAUUCCAUUUGUUAAACCAAAUAAACAUUCUCCACCAGGAGCUUAUAAUAUUAAUGUGACCACAUUGGUUGCUAGUGAAAAGAGCCUACUUCAGGCAAAUAAGAAAAGAAGGGAAUACUCAAAGACAGAUGUCCGUUUGCCUGAACUAAAUUAUAAUCAUCUCCCUGAACUAAAAGCCCUGGAAGGCAUCGCUCGGAAUUCCAGGCUAAUAAAGAAAGAGAACAAAAAUCUUUCAGAAUCUCGAAUUCCAUCUCUGGCCACAAUUGACUUGCACACCCCCAGUAUCGCAUUACAGCAGAUGAUUCAGAGGCUGAUUUGCCUCCCGUGGAACACCAGCACUGAGUGGCCUGUCGAUUCUGAACUGGAGGUCCUUUUCAAGGCCCUAGUGGAAGUUAUUACAAUGCAUUCAUUAUACAUACUGUGUAAACUUCAAGCUCUCUUAAAACUUGGAUCUGUUUUGUCAAAAUUAGUCAUUAUUUAUAUAAAAGUGGAUGUGCUACACAUGAUAGUUUUGAUGCUGCUAUGGUACCUGAGAGAACAUUCUUGUGCAACAGAAUUCUAGGAGCAGAGAUUCAUGGCUUUGAGCAUUGACUUCUGAACUGCCUGCAUUUUCUGAGAAAAGCCUUACAGCAGAAGAAAAGACAUCAUCCAUGUGUUUCACAGGAAGAUUGAAUAACUGUUAUCCCCUCACAUUUCAAGUCCAUUGAUGCUAUUUCAAGAUGUAUCAAAUGAAAGCAUAGUGAUAGGGUUCUUGUUAUAUGAAUGUGUAUUUACUAUUAGUAGAUUGUGUAUUUAAAGUGAGUAAAAAAAAAGAGAAGCAUUUAAAAGGUUUUGUUAUUUAUGCAUUGAAUCUUGUGUGCUAUCUGUAUAAAUGUGUACAUUUAUUUGGAAGUGAGUUCAGUGGAGGUAGAUGAUCAAAACUAGGAUCAAUUGAAGAAAAUAAAAAAAAAAAAGAUAAAAAAGAUUUUGUUUCCUUUACCCAAACUUAAUUAUAAAGCAAAUUUAAAAAUCUUGCUUGUUUCUAUGCUUUAAGGAGAAAAGUAACUACUCUCUAUGGAUAGAAGUGUAUCUUUGGUUUCUGUGAUUAUUGUUAAUGUUUGAUCAGUGUUAUUGUGGGAAUUUUGGCCUCUCUGCUGAUCUUCUAAGAACCACACUAAAGCAAAUUUUGCAAAGAAACCAUUAUUUCUAAUAACUUAGUGUGAUUCUGGCAUUGGAUAGUCCUCUGUUUUGUAAUAUUCUAGUGCUAAUGUUCCUGUGUGUAGGAAUGUGAUUGAAAUGAGUGGUGAAGAAAAAUUUCAUUAAGUUUACCUUGGAGCUGAGUACUGUGCUUCUCAUUUGAAAAAAAAUAGAGGUAACCAUAACUGCGUUAUGUCGAGUCAGGCUGAUUACUCUUUUCUGGCCCAGUGUCUAUGAAACUCCCCAGUUGGAAAUGCUUUAGGGAGGGAAUGUCGACUGUGAGGACUUCACUCUUGUCCCACUGAUAGUUUGAAGGUGACAUUAGACAGAACCUAGAGAUGUUCCUCUUUCCUUGUUUCCUCAAAUACUUAGGCCUUCCCCAAAACUUUUUAUCAAGGUGCAAAAUCAUUUACCAUCAGCGCAUACAUCUUUUCUAGUGCUCUGGUCCAAACUUUUAGGUGGUAAUGUUAAACCAGUUGGACUGCAGGUUUUUGGUUUCUGGGUUGUAAGUCAUACUCUGCAUUUAGAGAAUGGUUUUUAAGGGGACCAGAAUUUGUGUGGACACUUUUUUUUUGCCUUAACCUAUUAACAACGUAUUGUUUUUUUCCAAAAGGCAUUGGCUAGAAUGCCUCCCAAAUUUAACUAGCACUUUUCUCUAUUACUCUAAGGAGCUUAAUAUUGAAAUUCUGACCUUAGACACUUGGGCUUCAAAAGAGUAGGACAUUCCAGAGGAGGCAAAAUAAGAGGCUCCAAUGUGGAGUCUAUCGGUAGUUCAGCUAAAAUUUGGUCUUGAUUCUGAAGUUCUAUCUUUAACCUCUGACCAAGUAUUUGACUAGAUUGUUAUGGCUAACACACUGAAGAAAAUUUGUGUAUAAGUACUAAUUGGCUUCACAUUAAAAUAUUAUUUUAUUUUUACUUUGAAAAAUAUUGCCAAGAGACUCUACAGCAUGGAAAGCAGAUGAUACUUAAAAAGCCAAGUGUUUCUCUAGUUUAUUUCUAUGUUAUUUUAAUUUAUAGAUCAGUGUGAAAAUAUCAUCUCAGUGUCUAAGGAUCUAAGAUCAAUAACCUUCUCAUUUCUAUAUUUGCUUUUGGGCAUUUUUUUGUUUAUUAAAACAUAUUGUGAACUUCAGAGUUAAGGAACUAAAAAUGAUUUACUGUAAGUCCAGGUUGAGACUUGAGGAUCUUAUCUGGUUAGAACUUGCAGAACUACUUGAAAGAGAAGAUUUUGCAAAUUGGGGCCAUAGAUACUGAACCAAAAUAAUCCCUCUUUUCAGUUUGAGGUUACUUUAACUUUUUCUCACCUACAAGGAUAUGAUUAAGCCACUUACUAAUAGAAAAUAUAUGUAUGUAUUGGUGGGGGAAAUGGGCUUGCUGUGUGUAUGUAUGUUCUAAAAUUAAUAAAUAUUAUAUCUUACUGAGCUCCA